ACCUUCGUUACAACUUACAACACCAUACGUCAGUUUCCAAAUACAAACAAAAUACCAACGAAUAGUACCACGCUUUCUUUCAUUGUCGUCCCGAAAUCACCUUGCAAAUAUAAAUCAAUUUAUCGCAGCUUACCAGGAUGUCGGCCCAGAACUCGGCAGGCAUUCAGACCCUACUCGAUGCCGAGAGGGAAGCUUCCAAGAUCGUCCAGAAAGCCCGCGAAUUUCGAACCAAGAGAGUGCGAGAGGCGCGAGACGAGGCCAAGAAAGAAAUAGAAGCGUACCGCCAAGCGAAGGAGGAGGAGUUUAAAAAAUUCGAAGCCGAGCACACCCAAGGCAACAAACAGGCCGAAGACGAAGCCAACCGCGAGGCCGAAGCCAACAUCAAGGAGAUCCAAGCCGCCGGCCAGAAGAGCCAAGCGAAGAUCGUCGAGGAGCUGUUGAAAGCCGUGUUUGAGGUCAAGCCCGCGCCCCCUGAGAAGGCGUAAAUGUGGGAGGGGGGGAACUCGACGUUGAAGUUCCAUAUACCUGUUAGUUAGUUCAACGUCGCUGCUUCGGUCGUACGCAGGAGAAGUCGGUCGCGGUGCGUGCGGAGAAAGGGCAUUGGUAUUGAUACAACCCCCACACGGAAUUGAUAUCGUGGAUCCUGUCUGCUGGAGGACUGCGGCUGUGGUGUUUGUUGCGCGCGCAUAUUGUAUUAACACGUCACCGGUGUCUUUGGAAGGGGAAGAAACGCGAAGAAAAGAUGGGUCGGUAUCACUAACUGCGAGAGCGGCCUUGUCUGUCCGUCUAUUUGUUCAUAGAAGAGAUUUUGAGGGAUGUCGUGCUGAGAAGUCGGCACGAAUACGCAUUAUUCACUGAUUACUACUACUAUAACUAUUACAUGCUACCAACCAAC